CUCAAAAUGUAAACAAACUAACCUUUAAUUUCACAUGGCUAGAAACACAGGGAAACAUGCACAAAACGCAGCGUAUAAUUAGUUUUCAAAUUGAGUACCUGAAUAGUUUAGUGGCGGAUGAAACCUCCUCCGUAAUUGUGCAAGAACAACAAUAUCACUUGGCUCUUCAUCCGUACCACUUAAACAACAUAAAGCAGUCAAUUAAAGAUCUACUAUCGCAGAAAAUCGCCAGAUACGACCAGAAAUUAGGUGGCAUUUUAUUGGGAUUCGAGAACACCAAGCUGCUAACUGAAGGUGUGAUAAUGAACGACAGCUGCUUUAUUCACAUUGAUGUUAGUGCAAACUUUUUCAUAUUCAAGCCUGAAGUAGGACAGAUUCUUGUGGGUGUUGUAAAUAAAAAAAGUAAGGACCACGUAGGUUGCUUACUCUACAAUACUUUUAACGUAUCCCUCCCGAAACCCGAAGAUCAAGAUGUUGAAAGCUGGUCGGGUACCUACAGUGAGAUAGGUAACGAAAUCAAGUUUAGAAUCACCUUUAUGAAGCUGCAAGCACGCCUGCCGUACAUUCGCGGUCAAUUAAUUGAUGAAGACAGCCCAAAAAGGAAGAAAAACAAAAUUUUAACAGUGGUCGCAGAGGAAACCCCAACAACAUCCAAAAAAAAGAAAAAGAAAAAAGAUGUAGACUUGGAUGAAGAAUAUUUGCCAAACGGAUUUGGGUCAUCUGAAAGCUCAAUAAAAACCGAAAUAAAUGAUACAAGUGUAAAAGAAUCAAAGAAGCGGAAAAGGGAGAGUAUGGAAGAAUCUCCUAAAAAGAAAAAGAAGUUGGAGCAAAUGGAAGAUGGCCAUAAGAAAUCCAAAAGGAAAAAGAGCAUAAAUGAAAAUGAGUUUAACAUAAAUGAAAAACUAAAACAAGAGAAUGAUAGCGAACUCUCAGAUACUCCCAAUUUAGAUAUAGACAUAUCAAUUGAUAAUUUAAUUUCUAAUGAGCUUUCAAACCGGUCACAUAAAAAAAAGAAGAGAAACAAAGGGGAUACACUUGAAGUUGUGGGGGAUGCCGAUAGUUUAGGUCAAAACACUGUAAUAUCUAAAAAGAAAAGGAAGCGCGCAGAUUAAUAUAAAUAUUGGAUAAAUUUAUUGUGUUAUGAAAAAAUUUUAGAAAUAUAUACAAACAUACAUA